AUGGCACCCACAAACCUCGGAACCCAUGCGGAUAUUGCACGAUUCAAUACUCCCAGCCCCCACCCGACCCAUUUGAGCAUCCAAGGAAAACAUAACCAACGGGUUUUGAAGGAUGACGCCUCGGGAUAUGUCGCUCCCGUCUUCGAAGGAAGAGAGAAGCAGAUGGAAACUGUGAUGGAUUUGUUGGAGGAGAAGGGUUUUAUUCCUCCAGAGUUCGUUGAGAACGAGACUAAGUGGUUUUACACUUCUCUUGGAAUUGAUGACAUGUACUUCCAGUCCGAGGCACCUGAAACAAUUGUCAACCAUAUUCUCUCCUUGUAUGCCGGGAAAGUUGCAGCAUUCUCUAGGGAUGAUAAACGCCUUGAAAUCCGCUUGGAUAGGGAAGCGGAAGAUCAUGCCGUAUACAUCGAUACAUCUACUCCGGGUAUAACAGUUCUUUCUGGUCCGAAGUACGAGCAACGUAUCGAUGAGAAAUACCUGAACCCUUCCAACCCCGAGAAGGCGUACCGUGUCGAAUCUUUCCGCUCAUCAUCUCAACUUACAUCUACAAACCAACAACUACGUUGCUACUUCGUGUACAAGUGUGACUUUGUAAACCCUAACCCGGACCCUACAGAAUCCGACCUGGACGUUGUUUCGGACAAGUCCUUUUUGCAAAAAGUCACCCCAAACACAAAAGGUGUCUACCAAGAUGUGGUCAAAGCAGUUAUUGAGAGGACUGGGCCCGUUAUUGAGAUGUUUGAGGUUCAGGGAACCAGAGAGAAGAGACUUGUUAUCGGUUUCAAACAGGGGAGUUCAAUGGGGUUGUUUUCUGCGCUGAGCGACUUAUACCAUUAUUAUGGAUGCACUUCAGCCAGAAAAUAUGUUGAACAAUUUUCCAAUGGUGUAACUGUUAUGUCCAUCUACUUGCGACCCUUACCACUAAACACCCAACUUAACCCUUCAAAAUAUCCUCCUAUCGAGGCUUCAAUCUACCAGAUAAUGAAGGAAGUCAGCUUGCUUUAUUGCAUUCCUCAAAAUAUGUUCCAGGCACACUUCAUUAGCGGAAGAUUGAGCUUGCAGGAGACUAUAUAUGCGCACUGUGUUUGUCAUUUUGUCGGUCAUUUCUUGAAUAGGCUGGGAACAGAGUACACCGCCGUCUCUCAGCUCCUCGAUCCCAACAACAGUGUCCAUGCAGACACUCUCAACAAGCUUAAGCGCCGUCUUCGUACAGAGACCUUUACUGCUGAUUACAUUUAUGAGAUCAUCAAUGAACACCCUGAACUUGUUCGCGCUCUAUACUUGGCAUUUGCCAAUGCACACUAUGUACAGACUCGUGGGGAGCAGGAUGAUUUCAUUCCGACUCUCAGUUACCAACGUCUGCAAGUGGAUCGAGUUUUGACAAACAGUGAAUUGAAGACGAAGAUUUCUAGAACUGUCGGCAAUGAGCACCAAGAAAAGGUCAUGCAAUAUUUCAUUACCUUCAAUGAGAAUGUGUUGAAAACCAACUUUUACACCCCUACCAAGGUAGCGUUAAGUUUCAGACUGAACCCCAAGUUUCUUCCCACUGUUGAAUACCCUCAACCAUUGUUCGGGAUGUUUUUGGUCAUCGGAUCAGAGUUUAGAGGGUUCCAUCUGAGAUUCAGAGAUAUUGCUCGCGGUGGUAUCCGAAUUGUCAAGAGCAGGAACAGAGAAGCGUACACAAUUAACGCUCGUUCAGUUUUUGACGAGAACUAUAACCUCGCAAACACUCAACAACGGAAGAAUAAAGAUAUCCCCGAAGGUGGAAGCAAAGGUGUCAUUCUAUUGGAUGCCAAUCAUCAGGAUAAGGCCACGAGUGCUUUCCAGAAGUACAUUGACUCUGUUCUCGAUCUUCUCCUUGAGCCAAACAGUCCCGGAAUCAAGGAUCCUAUCGUUGAUCUCCACAAAGAGCCCGAAAUCCUGUUCAUGGGACCUGAUGAGAACACCGCCGGGCUUGUGGACUGGGCGACCGAGCACGCCAGGGUCAGAGGUGCUCCUUUCUGGAAAUCCUUCUUCACCGGAAAGAGUCCUAGUCUGGGCGGUAUUCCUCACGACGAGUAUGGAAUGACAUCCCUCAGUGUUCGCGAAUACGUUCUCGGUAUCUACAGAAAAUUGAACCUCGAUCCCUCCAAAAUGAUGAAGCUACAAACUGGUGGACCUGAUGGUGAUUUAGGGUCUAACGAGAUCCUGCUGAGUAACGAGAAGUAUUGCGCGAUUGUUGAUGGUUCUGGUGUACUGGUCGAUCCUAAGGCUAUCCCCGAAGGCUACCGUGUUCUUGUGGAGGACGUCAACGUUACUCUACCAAGUGGCGAGAUCGUUACAAACGGUACGAUCUUCAGAAACACCUUCCACCUCCGAAGUGAUGUACACUAUGAUGUUUUCGUGCCCUGCGGUGGAAGACCAGAAGCUAUCGAUUUGGGCAACGUUGGCCAACUGAUCAAAGAUGGAAAGAGUAUCAUUCCCUUCAUUGUUGAAGGAGCGAACCUUUUCAUCUCCCAGGACGCCAAGUUGAGACUCGAGAAGGCGGGCACUAUCCUAUACAAGGAUGCUAGUGCCAACAAGGGUGGUGUGACAAGUUCGUCCAUGGAGGUUCUUGCGUCACUUGCCUUUGAUGAUGCCGGUUUCAUCGAGAACAUGUGCGUCCGCGACGGUGUCACUCCAGAAUUCUAUAAAACCUACGUCAAGGAGGUGCAAAAGACCAUUCAGAACAACGCACAUCUCGAAUUCGAAGCCUUAUGGCGUGAAGCUGAGGAGACUGGGAAGCCACGCUCAAUCUUGUCUGAUGAGCUCUCAUUGGCGAUCACAAAACUCGAUGAGGAGCUCCAGCAAACUGAGCUAUGGAACAAUAUCCCACUCAGAACUAGUGUCCUCAAAGAUGCUCUCCCAGCCAGCUUAAUUGAGAAAAUCGGCCUCGAUGUCAUCCUUACCAGGGUACCAUUAAACUACCUCAGGAGCAUUUUUGGAAGCUACUUGGCCUCCAGGUUUGUAUAUGAAUUCGGAAGUAACCCAACUCAAUUUGCUUUCUUUGAAUUCAUGACUAGGAAGUUGCGAGCUCUCGAAGCAUAA